UCCUUCCUACCUUGACAGACAGAUGACCGGCAACAUCGUCGCUUGCUAGGGCAGCAAGUUGACUGGGACGACGACGCUCCCAAGAAAACACCUACCAUCAUUAGCUGGACCGCCCAUUGACGCUGACGGCUGCUCGUCUCCCGUGCAUCGCAGCGCGCGCCCGUCAGCAGAACGCUCGCACGCUGUCGUAUGAGCCUGACCAGCCCGGUGGCGCUCGAUAGCUGCCGUUCAAGGACAGUCGCAAGCCCGGGGUCGCGUGUGAGCUGGCGGGAGCCUCCCUCCCGUCCGGCAGCCUCGGAACAGGGGGCCCAGCUUCGUCAACUCGCCAAGCUCCGCCGCGGCUCCAUAUUAAAUUCCUGUCCGAGUCCGACGAGGCUCACCGUGGUUUGAGCGCGCGGGAAAAAGCGUACGACUUCAUAAGAGACGGGCUCGUCGACCUGUUCCCAUCCCCUUCUCCCCCCUUUGACGGUUUCGGGGUGGUUUUGGUGGUGGCACUACCUAUUCCAGACAUCGAACAAACCUACCCACCCCCUUCCCCGGCAUCCCACGGCGCAGUCAACUAGGCCUUGGCUGCAGCGCAUCACGGUUCGGCACUCAGACGCGUGCUGCUGGCUGGCCUCCGCACCCCCUGCCGCCGUCGAUGCAUGCGCCACCACCAUAGUCGCCGCCUCUCCUCGGUCACUGGCACGCCCUGUCCCGGCACGUCUGACCAGCCCGUGCCUCUCGUACUACAACAUACAGUACACCUCCAGCCACGGCUCUCCCUGUCUCGGACAUAUCCCUUUCCCAUCUCUCGCUCAUACGUACGACCCUGACGUUCGCUUGCUGUCCUUGGUUCUGCGAACCCGAUAUGCCCCUCUCUGUCACUGACUUUUGCUGCGUCACCCUCACUUCCAUUUGACUCUUUGAUUCCCUGAUACUUGCAAACUGGCGGCAUCCGAGGGCGCGCCACUUGUUCUCUACAUCUCUCGCACUUGAACGGCACCUCCACUAAAGGCAUCGCUGUGCAAUCGCUCCGGACGACGAUUGUUGGGGCUAUUCUGCUCAACUAUUCUAUUCACUUCUACUUCACCUUCUCCUUGCCGCUCAUCGUCACACCACUUCUCGCGCUCGGCCACCGUAUAUUCGGCACUCGGCGACGGGGCCGCCUGGACCUCUGCCGUCUGGAGCAAGGCCUGACCUCUCUCUUUGUCGGUGUAAUUGCCACGACAUCUCGCGAGCACAAUGUUCUUACACUCAGGAGCAAGUCUGCACGGUCACGAAUACUCCUCUCGACGGUCCUCGAACGCGCCGCCGCCGCCGCCGCCGCCGCACAAGCGACAUUCCCUCCUGCGGACGGCUUUGCGGCCACUCGCUCCUGCCGAUACCAACUACCUCUUUGAACAGCCCUUGGACUCUGACACUGCCCUUCCCUCCUCCCCUCCCCCUCCCCCUCGGCCGCCGCAGAGGAGGCACACGCUCGACAUUCCUGGCCCAUCGUCUCUCUCAUCUCAUCGCCGCCCCCUCUCGACCACACUAGCAAGAAAGGAUCUGGCCGUGCGAUUCCGCGAGCCCAGCAUGGACUCGGCGCAGACUCCGCUUGCCAGCGAGGACGAAGAGUCGGUCGCGGGCUCCGAACUGAGCGACACUACCGAGUCCUCGGUCCGCCGUGCCAAGCGGAAGCGCGUCCCCCGACGUUCAACUCGUUUCGCCCUUGCACACCCCGCUCCCCAGCUUCGCACCAAGCAACGGAUGUUGGUGCAGAUACGUCCGCGAGUGCUUCUUCAGCUGCAGGAGGUCGGCGAAAGACGAGCCGUGCCUGCGUUUGAUGUUAUCCCGUCUAGCCUCAUCGCUGGCACCCUCAUCAUCCCUCGGUUGGCGAAGCGGUUUCCGCGCCUAAUUGGAGCCAGGCCCGAGCUCGCUCAAGACGACGUUCUCGUGGUUCGAUGCGAUGACUACGAACCCUCGACCCCUAGCUCACCAUCGCAACCGAAGCGAGCAAGCAGGGACCUCGACAACAAAGAUGUGCUGGCGGUCAUUGGUGGCGCAUCUCAGGACAACAACAAUAGUGCUGAGAUUGCUCUCGAAGAUGGGUCCACAUGGCUGGCAAACUUGAUGGCAAAUGGAUCUUACGAGUUCACGCACGUCGACCAACAGGGGACAACGUUUACCGCUCGAUGGGUACGGCGGGCAGUCACCUGCAAGCGGAACAGCGCGGCAUCUGUAGGCGGCACGAGCCCGACGUCGACGACCCCACACGCCACCGACUAUAAAUGGACGUUCAGUAUCAUCGACCCGUCGUCGAAGAGGCAUCCCAUUCUGGGCAGCCUCACGGCCGAGUCGGUUGAAAUUUACGACACGUACACCACCCUUUCCACCUCAAGCGGUCGCUACCCGCCCUCGCGAUCUUUCAGCGCCGAGGCCAGUGGCGGUCGCUGGGACCAAGCGUCGCAUGCUACACCUCGGCAAGACGAACGUGCGACGGCAAGAGUGACGCGGGAGCAAAAGAGGCUGAUGCUGGCCACGGCCACCUGGAUCAGCCUUCACAAGCAAGGCUGGCCCGCGUCCGCGAACCCCAAGUUCGCCCGGACUGCCUCGGCCUGUCGGUCGGCCAGCGCUGGGUCGCCUUCGCGUCGCCAGUCAUAUCCAGUAUACUCGGCGGAUGGAGAAUCUCGAGCCAACAGCCCCGUCAGAUCGAUGGCACAACAGCCAGACAGCCGAGUGGAGCGCCCGCCCGCCAGUCCCAGCCCUUGCCGCUCAUCGCACACACCUGCGCGAGCCAUGUCGACGGGUCGGGCCUUCAUGACCCGGAGAAGCGGGCGGUCGGCCCAUGAGGACCGUCGUUCAUCCGGUAUGUCCCAGCACAGCACGGACAAGCCCAAGACGGACGAGGAGGAGAAUGAGGAGGACGAGGCGCGCUGCCGGCCCAAGGUACGACCGUGGCUCCACAGGUUGUUCCAUCGAAAAAAGCGCACAAGCAAGGACGAGGAGCUGGCCAAGUACAAACUGGACAGAUAGUGAUACCCAAGCAUGGCAUCGGCGCAAACUGGCGUAAUGUAGCGAAGUUGGUCACGAGGGGUGACCUCGAUGGAUGUACGAUGUAGAUAUGAAACAACCCCCCGACGACCGUCUGUAUAAAUUCACAACCUUACCUUCUGCA